AUUAUCAGGAAGUACAAUUAACAGUAGAAGCACCUCUGUUUUAGGUCUGGGUCUUAUCAGGACAGUUGCAGACUUUUUGAAUUUACAAGGACUGUGCUCUGAAUCUCUGUUGCUUCCCGCGUGAUAGAAGGCUGCUUAUAGUUUAGUGAUCUUGGAAGUUGGGUAAUCUGAUCUUGGCAGCUGUUUUUCUGAAGAGCUUUUCCAUCUGUUGGAGAGACUACACAACAGUGCUAGUCUAGAAUGGAAGCACAGAAUCUUUCCUUUAUAAAUCUGUUGUCAAGAGAGGUGUUGAUUCUUGCAGUAGUUUUGUUUGUUACCUUGUUCGUGUUUGAUGCUCUCCAUAGUCAUGUUCCCAAGAACUUUCCACCUGGUCCCUUUCAUCUGCCGUUUGUCGGAAAUAUGUUCCAGCUGGACCUGAAGAAUCCUCAUCUCCAGUUUUGCAAGUUUGCAGAGAAGUAUGGAGAUAUUUUCAGCCUGAGAAUGGGAUAUUCCUAUCUUGUUGUCUUAAAUGGUUUAAAUGCUUUUAAAGAGGCCAUGGUUUGUCAGACAGAUGUUUUUGCAGGACCAGCAGCAUUUCCAAUUUUUGAAGACCUUGUCAAUGGACACGGUAUACAGCUCUCCAACGGAGACACAUGGAGAGAGCAGCGUAAGUUUGCACUAAAGACAUUAAGAAGUUUUGGUGUUGGGCAAAAAUCUUUGGAAGCAAGAACUCUGGAGGAAAUAAAAUAUCUUCAUGAUUCAUUCAAGAAAGAGAACGGGCAACCGUUCAAUCCUCAAACCAAGAUUAAUAUAUCAGUCACAAAUAUAAUCUGUUCAAUUGUCUUUGGAGAACGGUUUGACUAUAAUGACCCCCAAAGCGAUAUACAAGAGAUGCAUCUUUUACUUGACAAAUUUGGACAUAUUAUGGAAAGUAUUUGGGUUCAGCUAUACAAUUCAUUUCCAAAAUUAAUGAGACAUCUUCCAGGCCCACAUAAUGAUAUAUCUGUUACGUGGAAAAAGUUGGAGGACUUUACAAAAAAGAAAAUCAAGCAGCACCGGGAGACAUGGAACCCAGCAGAACAAAGGGAUUUCAUUGACUGCUUCCUGUUACAAAUGCAAAAGGGUCCUCCUAACUCUAGUUUUGAUGAGCAAAAUCUCCAGUGUAUAACAUUGGAUCUAUUCCUUGCUGGGUCUGAGACAUCAACAACUGCAUUACUUUGGGCACUGAUGUACAUGGCAGCAUAUCCAGACAUUCAAGAGAAGGUCCAUGAUGAGAUAGAGCGUGUAAUUGGCCAACAAGAUCCUGUGAUGGAUGAUCAGAUCAAUCUUCCUUACACCAAUGCAGUUGUCCAUGAAAUACAGCGAAAAGGCUGCGUAGCCCUAUUCACUCUUACUAGAGAAACUACUCGAGACACAACUGUGGGAAAGUACUUCAUACCAAAGGGCACAAAAGUACUUGCAAAUCUCUACUCAGUGCUGAUGGACAAAUCAGAAUGGGAAACACCUGAUGAAUUUAAUCCUGAACACUUCCUGGACAAAAGCGGAAAAUUUGUGAGAAAGGAAGCAUUUCUGCCUUUCUCUGGAGGAAAACGCAACUGCAUGGGAGAACCAUUGGCUAGAAUGGAAUUGUUCCUUUUCUUCACUUCAUUAAUGCAGAAGUUUAAAUUUGUUGUUCCUGAUGGUGUCGAGAUAAGUCUUGACGGCAUUAUAAAUGUGACACAUCGCCCACAGCCAUACAAGAUAUGUGCAGUUCUGCGCUGAACCAAGACUGCAGUAGUGUCCACUGGCUGAUGCAGUACCUUGGCUCCCCAAGCCAGCCUUCUGUCCUUCCCCUUUCAUCACGGCUCUGCAUCCUCUUUUCCUCUGACUCAAGUUCUCUAGGAUAUCUCACUUUUAAACAAUGUCCUAACAAAUUUUGUGGAACCACAAGAAAAGCAAACAUUCGAUACAGUUGAUAAUAACAUUCACUCUCAUUAACUCUCCUGAAGUAUUUCUUUCUGGGACAGCCCUUAUGUGGCGCUAUUCCUGUCAAUCAAAGCUAAUAACACACAUUUAUCUUCUCUUUACAUUGUUUUGUUCGGAACCUCCGAGCCACCAUUCGCUCUUUCCCCUUCACCUUCCCAUCCAACUACUGUUCAUUGAUAACAUCAUCUGAAAACGUAAGCCAGUUUGCACAUAGAUGCCUAUGACACGUUAUAAUACAUCUAAUCAUUCACAUCUUAACUCUCUCUGUUACGGACUCAGUGAAUGUCCCUUUAAGAUUGUGUGUGUGUGUGUGUGUGUGUGUGUGUGUGUGGGGCGUGCUUACGUCAAUAGAAGAUAAAGGACGUAAUGACGUUGUUGCAGAGGAGUGGAAGGGAGAGAGAAAGAGAGAGAGAAGGGAGAGAGACACCAGCCUGCUAGUUUUCUCUAUCGAUGGAUGAGAAACAAUAACUGUGUCUGCCACUGAAAUCCAUGUAUGGAAAUUGGAAGUAAUCCGGUGGAGUUCACUCUGUUGCUGACCUGUAGAAGGAAACAGGUAUUCGUGUGGACGGCCACGAUUCGGAUGCUUUUCGGGGUGAGGAAGUCACUACCGAGUAAACACUGAAGUGUCGUUUGGGUUCCAUCGUGGAACAUUUGGAUUUCAUAAUUACUCUCUCUCUGUUUCUCUACAUCUACAUCUCAUCUUCAGACAACGGUGGUUGUUGAAGAAGCCUUUGCUCAUGUUUCACCUUAUGGCUUGCGGAACUGAAUUUUAAGAACCAUUCCUGGACUUGGAGUUUGGGACUUUGCCACACACACACAAAAAGUUUAGUUUUUGGGGUUAAUGUUCAAGGUUUAACAUUUUUGAAUUCUAACAUACUAACAUUUUUACUUUUAUUUUUCAUAUUAUCAUAAGCUGUGAUUAAUAAAAUAGUUUUUAACACUGAA